GCCGCCAUGGCGCCCGGAGCGGCCUCGGCCCUGGCCCCGGUCCGGGUGCUGCUGGUGCUGCUGGCGGCCGCCGCCCGCCCCGCCGCCGCCUGGGACCUGUGGGCGCUGCGCUGCGGCUUCUCGGCGGACUGCGAGUGCGGCUUCGGGCCCGACUUGCGCGGUCUGGAGUUUGACUUGGCCACGAAUCUGGUGGGGCAGCCCCUGGUGAGGCAGCAGGUGAUGAAGGGGGUGAGGGAGUUCCUGGAGGACCCGAAUCCAGUGAAACCCCUCGUGAUGUCCUUCCACGGCUCGACGGGAACAGGCAAAACCUACGUGAGCUCCAUGCUCAUCCGCUACCUCUUCCAGAGGGGGCUCCAGAGCCCCUAUGUUCACCACUUCUCCCCCAUAGUGCAUUUCCCCCACGCUGAGCAGAUAGAGCAGUACAAGGAAAGCCUGAAGCGCUGGAUCCAAGGGAACUUGACAAACUGUGGACGGUCAGCGUUUCUCUUUGAUGAGAUGGACAAGAUGCACCCAGGCCUGAUUGAUGUGAUCAUCCCAUUCCUGGGACCCUCGUGGGUUGUGUACGGGACCAACUACCGCAAAGCCAUCUUCAUCUUCAUCAGCAAUGCAGGAGGGGAGCAGAUCAACAACGUGACAUUGGCUCUGUGGCGUGCCCGCAAGGACCGGGAGGAGAUCAGCUUGCAGGACCUGGAGCCAGCCAUCUCCAAGGCCGUGUUUGAAAACCCUGAGAGUGGCUUCUGGAAAUCUGGGAUCAUUAAUGAACAUCUCAUUGAUUUUGUUGUGCCUUUCCUCCCACUGAAGCACCACCACGUAAAGCAGUGCGUCGUCAGCGAGCUUGUCCAGCAAGGCCUCGAGGUACGCCCGAGUGUCGUCCAGGAAGUGGCUGACAGCAUCCCCUACUUCCCAGAAGAGGAGAAAUUGUUCUCAUCAACAGGCUGCAAAACAGUGGCCUCUCGCAUCAGUUUUUUCUUCUAGUCACUGCCAAGGGCGCCUCUCAGAUCCAUAUGGAGCUAGAAGGCACCCAGGGCUGGUGGGAUGUGCAGUGGGAAUGGUUUGUCACUCUCCACAGCACAAGUGCUCUCCUGCUGAACUCUCUCCAGCUCCAAGGAGUCCACUGCAGGAUACAGCUGCAGGAUCAGCCAUGAAGAAUCUCAUCCUACCUCCAGUGCUGCAAACGGUUUUGAAAAUUCCUUUUACUCAGUGAUGAUUUCUACAGCAGAGUUGGUGCUAUGAGCUGUGGAGCUUCUUGUACAUCCUUGUGCUGGUCAGACCUUGCAGGCUUUGGCUGGGCCAGCACCCAUUCAGCUUCUGGGGAGUGUCACAAUGGGGGACCUGGGGACAAGUUAGAGAAGAUUAGUGCUCCAGACUGCCAAGCAUGGGAUGCACAGCCUAGCUUUUGCCCCAGUUUUAAUAUUCUCUACGCUGUUAUGGAAUAAGAGGUCAGGGGAACCAGAGUCAUUAACUCUCUUGGAACAACCUGCUCAAGGAAUGGGUGUAGGGACACUCUGCAAAGCUUCCAAAGCUCUGCUUGUUCCAUGUAUGGAAAUGAGCUGCCAGUGCUUGGGACCAUUCCAGCUCCAGGUUCUGAGCUUUGGGGACUUUAGACACCACCCAAAGUCUGCCCAAGAGCUGGCCCAAAGACAGAGGCAAAAAUUCUGCCUCUUGCAAAAAUAUGAAUUUCUAAUUUUAAAAUAAAUCUUUUAUUAAUUAAACAGUU